UAUUAAAAUUAAAAAAAAGAAAAUAUUCCUGUUAAGGCCAGUAAAGUUAAGCUUAUCUUUCUCAAAAAAUAAUAUUAUAAAUGAGUCAAAACAGUGAGAGUAAAAAAUCAAAGAAAAUAAAUUAAAAUAAAAAAAUAUUUUUAAAAAAUUAACGUUAAAUUCUGAAAAAGGAUUAUCGAUAUUAUAGAAGAAAGAGAAAGAGUUUCUUCAGAUUGUGUAUUGUGUACAUAUAGAGAAGAAAAAAAAAAUGCAGAAAGGAUCAAUGUCCUUAAAAAAAGAAAAGAGAAUCCUGUGAGUGAGUGAGAGUGUAUAUGUGUGUAUAAUAUAUCUAUUUGUAAGAAAUUUGCCAUAAAAAAAAAAUUUCUUUAUUUUUUCUUACUGAUGGUUCAAAUGCGGAAGUGAAGAAAGGAGAAAAUAAGAAAGAAUUCAUUUUUUUCCCGAUGAGUAUUGCAUAAAAAAUUAUAUUUUUCGGGAAAUUCUAGUGAGGUGUGCUUUUUAACAUUGAAAUAAAAUAAAAAGGAAUAAAAUAAGGUGGAAAUUUAGUGUUGUGAAAAUUUGUGGCAAAGGUGGUUGGCCUAACAGCAAGAAGGAAAUAAGGAAAAAUUACAGCGCUUGAUUUUUGUUUUGGACAGUUUAACUCAUCUUUUUUCGCUGCGAAAUACCACCAGACGUGUUACUGCUGUAAACAGUUUUUAUGUUCUUAAGCAACGAUAUAGAAUGGCGGAUGAUAAUGGUUGAAUUUUCGAUUUUAAGGAAUUAUGACACUGAGUCGUGGACCGUACAACGAGCUCGAUAAAAUGAGCCUUUUUCAGGAUUUAAAAUUAAAACGUCGUAAAGUAGAUUCUCGCUGUAGCAGUGAUGGUGAAUCACUAGCUGAUACAAGUACUUCAUCGCCAGAUUUACCACCCAUGUCACCAAAAUGCAAUGUAACAGGGAAUCAAACAAACCUUAAUUCUCAAAAUCAAGCAACAAAUACACCACCCCCAACGUCUUUAACACCACCGGGUCAAAUAACAACGGAUUUAGAUCAUCCACACCUACAUCAUCAUCAUCACCUUCAUCAUCAUGUGCAUCAUCCGUUGAAAGUUCAUAGUAUACCAAAUGAUAAUUCGGUAGAGAAUCCAUCGACAACAACAAAUGAUCAGCAAUUGAAUGAUCAAAAUAAUCAGGCUGAUGCUAAAGUAACAAAUACAAAUGGCAGUACGACGAGUACUGGAAUAAGUGUGAUAAUUGAAAAUCGUCCAAGAUCUCAUUCACCAGCGCCAUCUUCUCCUAUACGUCGCUCUCCAGUGAAUACAUUGUUGCAGCAGACAUUGACACAACCAUCUCAUCAUAAUAAUAAUAAUAAUAGUAAUAAUCAUAAUAAUUCUAACAAUAAUCAUAAUCACGAUAACAUUAAUAAUGGUAAUUCAAUUAAUAAUCAAGGAAACAACCAAACAUCACUUGAUUCACCGACACACCACCAACAUCAUCAUCAUCAUCAUCAGCAACAACAACAACAUCAUCAUCAUCAACAACAACAGCAACAACAACAUGUGACUGUGUUAGUGACACCGCCACGAAUAAAGAGUGAAUCACAACACUUGAUGAAUGCAAUGACUAGAAAAUUACCACCGGCUUCAAAUAUGUCAAUUGAUAACAGUUCACUGCCAAUAAAUGCACCGCUAUCAGGUUUAUCGCAAUUACAACAUCAUCAUCAAAUUAAUCAGGUUCAAAUUCCAUUUUCUACUGCCGUAACGACUGCCAAUAUGUCUAUGGGCUUUAAACGUAAUCAAGCUGGUCAUAUAUCACCAAAUAUUUAUACAGCAUCUGAUGCUGCUCAAACACAACUCCUUCAGCAAAGGAUAAAGCGUGAACGAUCACCAAAUCAAUUAACAAUAAUUCCUUCAAGUCACCAAAUGAGGCAGAAUCCUCAACAAAUGUCACCACAUCAAAUACCAAUUACGACAUCUGCUGCAGCUGUCUUUCAUGGCUCGCCAUUACAAAUGAGAGCGGCACAAGGUAUGAGAGAUUCAGCUAUGCUAUUUAGAAUAAAGAAUGAACCGCAAAUGCAAAUCCCACAAGCAUUUAUGCCUGCAAAUGCACCUCAACGAAUGAUAUGGGGUCCACAAGCACGAAUUAAUGGAGUUAAACCGGAAGUAAUUGGCGGUCCACUUCCGCCAUUACGUCAACAAGUUUCACCACAAUCGUCACAGCAAAUGUCACCAAAGCAAAAUCCAUCGGCUCGUGCUACACCGACUGUAAUAAUGGGAGAAUCAUGCGGUGUGCGGACAAUGGUGUGGGGUUUUGAGCCCGUCAUGUCACCAUCUCAGCAACAGCAACAACAAACACAACAAGUACAAACAAAUUCACCGAUUCAGAGCCCUCCAGGAACUUCACAAAGCUCAAAUCAUUCGAGUAGCUCUAAUCAUUCGAGCAAUAACGAGGAAGCAGCACAUCUACUAUUAAGUCUAGGACAAGGCGUUCGACCUAUUCUCGAGAAUCGUGCAAGAGCCAUUAACCGACCUCCACAUGCAUUAAACAUGGAGCGAUUAUGGGCUGGCGACUAUAGUCAACUGCCUUCGGGACAACAAAUGCAUGCUCUCAAUCUAAGUGCACAGCAACAAACAUGGAUGGGUCAACAUCAAGUCAAUAAGGAGCACGGAUUGGAAGAUAUGACAAAUGAGGAAGAUGAUCAACCAUUAGUCUGUAUGAUAUGUGAAGAUAAAGCUACAGGUCUUCAUUAUGGCAUAAUAACAUGUGAGGGAUGUAAAGGCUUUUUCAAGCGAACUGUACAAAAUCGACGAGUAUAUACGUGUGUCGCAGACGGCACAUGUGAAAUAACCAAAGCACAGCGUAAUCGCUGCCAAUAUUGUCGCUUUAAGAAGUGUAUAGAGCAAGGUAUGGUGCUUCAAGCGGUACGUGAAGAUAGAAUGCCAGGCGGUAGGAAUAGUGGAGCUGUUUAUAAUUUGUACAAAGUUAAAUAUAAGAAACAUAAGAAAAAUACCACUCAAAAGGGCACACAGGGAAGUAAUACUAAAGGAAAUUCAGGAAAUAAUAAUGCGGAUGCAAAAACAACAUCACCAUCAACAACCACUCAACACUCAGUUGUUGCGCAAUCACAGCAAAUGAAACAAGAGAGUAAUGUGACUUUAUCGCCGGGAAUAUUAAAUGGCAACAUUCUCAAAGCGGCACUCACGAAUCCAAGCGAAAUUAAUCAUUUGAGACAUCGACUUGAGAAUGCCGUGAGUUCGUCACGCGAUCGAUCAAUAAGCUUUGAGAAUUCACUUAGUAUGAUACAAACACUAAUAGACUGUGAUGCAAUGGAAGAUAUUGCAACUCUUCCACAUUUCAGUGAAUUUUUGGAAGACAAAACGGAAAUUAGUGACAAAUUAUGCAACAUCGGUGACUCUAUUGUUCACAAGCUUGUCUCAUGGACGAAGAAAUUGCCAUUUUAUUUGGAAAUUCCUGUUGAAAUUCACACGAAACUCCUCACUGAUAAGUGGCAUGAGAUUUUAGUUCUCACAACGGCUACGUAUCAAGCAAUGCAUGGACGAAAAUUCACAAACCCACAACAACCGCCACCAACUAGUAUUGCACCUGAUAAGCAUGAUCCUGAGUUUACUCAAGAGGUAAAUGCGCAUUUGCAAACCCUCCAAACGUGUCUGACAACCUUAAUGGGUCACUCGAUUUCCAUGGAGCAAUUAAAGCUCGAUGUCGGUUUAAUGGUCGAAAAAAUGACACAAAUAACGAUCAUGUUUCGUCGUAUUAAGCUCAGGAUGGAAGAAUAUGUAUGCUUAAAAGUUUACAUACUGCUGAACAGAGAAGUUGAAUUGGAGAAUAUACAAGAGCGUUAUGUCCAAGUGUUAAGGAGUUACUUACAACACACAAAUCCACACAAUCCCGGAAGACUUAGCGAGUUAUUGGCGCACAUUCCAGAGAUUCAAACAGCCGCAAAUCUAUUGCUAGAAUCAAAAAUGUUCUACGUGCCGUUCGUACUGAAUUCAGCUACAAUAAGGUAGCAACAAAAGAAAUUAUUCGAUGUAAAGGAUAUGUAUAGUCGAAUGAAGUUUCAAGUGAAGGAAAUGUAACAAAUGUUUUGCACUGACUUACAAGUUUUUACUACAAUUAAUUAAUUAAAUUAAAAUAUACAUACAAAAAAAACAGUAAUAUAAAUUGAAGAUGAUGAUGAUGAUGAAUUAAUUAGUAAGCUAUAGCCAUCCCAAUCAGCACUAAUAAGUAUAGUUGAUAAAUUAACAUACAUGGAGUAUAUGAUGAUAAAUUAUGAUGACACAUUAGUGAGAGCAUUUAAAGUGUUUGUAAGAAGCCAUUUAAAAAUGAAAAUGAAGAAAAAAAAAAAUAUUUUAGAUAUAUUCGUGUGCCUGAGAAAAAAAAUUAUAAAUAUUAAAAAACAUUAGAGAAGUAAAAAGUGUCAUCUUUCAAAGUGAAACAAAAAAUUGAAAUCAGCAAAGUUUUGUUAAGGAACACACACACACACAAAAUUAGUGAAAAAAAUUGAAGGUUACCUGAUUUACAAAACAUAAGCACUUAAAUCAAAUUAAAUGAAAAAUUAUUUUGGUUACUAAAGGAAACAUAGAUAAAAGAAUUAAAAUCGUGCUUCAAAAUGAAAAAAAAAUGUUAAAUGGUAAAAAAAAAUUAUAAAAAUCAGGAUAAUUUAGAUCACUUCUAAUUUUGAUUCAAUUAGCAAAAGAAAAUAAUGAAAGAAUAGGAAAAACUCACUCAGUAUGGGGUUGUUCGUAAAUGAGGUUUAUCAUUUUUGGGAGGGGUGUGGAUCGCUAUUGAAGUUUAGGAUCACUUUUAAUGCUGAAAAUCACUUUUAAUACUACAGAAAACUUUCGAUCUAUGCUACUAGAGACAGUCGAGGGUUCUGAGUAUACAAUUAUGAAAGAGGGAUAUGAUAGGGGUCGUCAACUAUAGCUAUACCAGAGACAUACUCUAGGUACAGUCUAUGGUACAUCUGAGAACAUGACUUUAAAAACAUAUUUAGUUUAAACUAGAUCGUUCCACUAGAAACCAACCUCAGCAUUUUAAAAAAUCUCCGAUACAUUGCUAGACAUCACUUACGAACAAUUCUUACAUAAAAAAUUAAACUAGCUACAUUUUUUUUAAAUAAAAACAAAAGAGAAUAAAAAUGAAUUAUUAUAGAGAAAAUACACUCUGAAGUCUGACAUUAAAUGCCUUCAAAUAUAUAAAAGAAAAAAAAAAUAAAAUCACAGUUGAUAAGACAAGAAAAUUAAGAGAACUACCCACAAUAGACUAAAAAAAAUUCCACAACAUAGUUUCUGACUAACUCAAGACCCAAACAUAAAUUCCACAUAGAUUUCGUUACCUUAAAAAAACUCAAUUUUAAAAGAAAAUCGAGAAUUAUGAAAGAAAGUUGAAUGAGUAGCUGUAAAAUAAUCACUUAAAUUCAGGACAACAAACUAAAAGGUCAAUGCACAAAAUGUUUUGUUUUUUCGGCAAUCAAUAAAUUCUUUACUCAUUCAAUUUUGAUGCAAUUUCUCACGUCUGCAUUUUGUGAUUCAUUUGCCUUGUUUUUUCAACCUUUUUUUUUACUUUUUGUGAAAUUUGCAAUAAACUUUUUUUCGUGACUUAAAUUUUUUUUAUAGAUUAAUGACACUAGCUAAAAAGAUCGAUGUUUAUAUUAUACACGCACGCAGUAAGAAUGCAAGAAAUGGCAGAUUGCAAUAAAAAAUAAUGAUCGGUGUAGAAUUUCUACAAGAUUGGCAUGAAUUUUUUAAUUCCUAUUUAAAAUGGUUGGACAUUUAAAUUUUUUUUUUGGUAGUCAAAUUUUUUCCCCGCGCAUUUAGAACUAAAUUUUCUAUUUAUUACAUGUACAUAAUUUCCAUUAAAUCCUUUCCUUUUAUUGAAUGAAAGCAUCUUUAACAUAUCGCUAUAUAAAGUAAAUUUUUUUAUAUUUAAAUUAAAAUUGUUGUGUAUGAUUUACUGACAAAAGUGCUACUGAUUUUCACCUGAUGAUGAUGAUCUUUUUUUCACUUCUUCUUGAGAGAUUCAAUUUUAUAAAAUAAUGUUUUUUCUUCUUUAUUGAGAUAAAUAACAAAUUACUAGACUGGUUAUUAACUUUACAUUUGUUUUGGAGUUGGUGAUCGAUAGCCUGAGUGGCAAACGAUAGACUAGAAAAUAGAUUAGAUAUUGCUGAAAUGGUUAUAUUUUCAUAUUUUUCGUGAAGCACCAUUAAUGUGAGCUAUAUAACCUAGUAUGGCGGGGGUAUAAUCUAAGGUCAAGCCUUUAAAUCAUCUUUAAAGACUGUUGAGUUUCUAAAGAUCUCUGCAGUUAUCAGAGCAAUCUUUCAAACAACCUAGUGAUGACUUUGCAGUAUUGCUCAGAUAUGGAAGCAUAUAAUAGGAUUUUUCUAGGAUUCUAAUAUUUUCAUCAAGAUGCCAACCCUAAACUGCAUAUAGAUUUAACAACAUUUCAAUGACUAUAUUAAGAACAAGAGACAAUUUUCUAUUAAGAAAAUUUUAUCUUAAUUCUAUAAUUUCAAAAUCACAUUUAACAAUACCUAAGUUGAUUAUUUGGAACAGUGCUACUUAAACUAUGUUCCACGACAUUCUGGGAAUUCAGAUGUGUCACGAAACGUUUACAACGACAGUAAAUUGGAUUAACCUACCAGUGUGCCGUGGCAUACAGAUUGAGAACUACUGGUCUAAGCAGUUUGAACAGGACUGCUUUGGAGGAAGGGACUUUAUUACAAUUUUAAACAUUUACUAGUCAUAACCUAAUAAAUCACUAGAUUUAAUUUAUUCUCUGCCUCCAUAAAUGAUCGAUAAAUUUAUUAUGCCCUCUUAAAACUAUACAGCAUGACUCAAAUAGAUUACCAACUCCAACAUGUCUUUUUUGAUCCACGCUUUAAUUUUUAUGAGUAGAAUGUGCACUUUUGUAAAUCAAAAUAAAUCAAAUUUUUAUUAGAGAGGCUAUUUCCUAUUAAUUUAACUUAUAGUAAUAAAUAUGUACAUUUUUACGUCAUUCUUUUACAAAUUUAUGUCUUCUUUGUGUUAUUGAGUAAAACCUACAUAAAGGAAAUUCAGUUUUUUCUUUAUUUGUUUAUUGAUAAUUAAUUAAUUUAAUUUUAUUUGAAGAUUUAAAAGUAUAUUAUAGCAUAAUUAUGUAUAGUAAGUUACCAAUAUGUUGUUGAAGAUAACUAUAAUUAAAAAGAAAUUUGAUGUCGAAAAAUGAAAAUGCCAAAACAGACUAAUAACACAAUUGAAGGCAAUUUAAUUACUGAAAACAUCACUGCCAUUUUAAGGAAACUGAUUGUUUAUUCAUUAAAAAAUCAGGGAUAAACAUAUUAAUUAUUUGACCUAAUCUACUAAACAAAAAAAUAGUUUUUUCGUCACUAAAUAAUAAAAGAUAAAAAAACAAAAAGUCCAAAGACAUAGAACAUUAAAAAUGCAUCGUGAAACUAUGAUUUGAUGAUAAGUAUGAAUGUCGAAAAAAAAGAGUAAAAUGUUUUAUUAAUUGUAGCAUUUUGCACCUACCUAGUGGAAAUAUUAUAAUAUUAUAAGGACAUAAUAUAGCUAGUUUAUCCUCCCUUAAAAAAAGAAGCAUACAUUCAUUGUGGGUUUAUUCACUAAUGUGUAAAGUUUUUCUUAAAAAAAUUAAGGGGGGUUCAAAAUUUUUCCUCUUGAAUUUAAAGCUAAUUUUGAUCAAAAUUACUUUAUUAUUUGAAUUUUAAAUGACGUAUUACGCGAUUUUAAUCGAAAAUAAUGAUUUUUCCUCAAAACAGGCUUUAAAUUCAAAAACAAAAAUGUUGAACGAUCCCUCGAAAAAAAAAAAGCUACAAAACAUGAACGAAUUUUUUUGAUUUAUUUUUCUUCAAAUUUCCUUCUAGUUUUAAAUAUACAAAAUAAGUACUGAUAAUAAUAAUAAGAUUCUGUGUAUAAAAAAAAACAUUGAAAAUGAAGCAAAUACCAGCAACUUCACUGCCAUAAAUGCUUAAUCAAUGACAAAGAAAUUCUCGUCAAGAAAAUCUCUUUUUUGAUACUUGAGCAUCGAGAAUGAAAUUUUUGUAAUGAAACAGAAUAAAAUUAAUAAUUUUAAUAAUAAUCUGACAUUUUUUCUUCAAUAAGGCUUACUUAUAGUAUUACUAAAAUAUGCUUUGAUUCUCUCUUUGGCUAUAAUUUUUUUAAAUUAAUAUUUGUGGAAAUUCAAGGAAUUUAUUUAAUGAGAAUUUUGGCAGCAAUAAACUUACUGCUUGACAUAUUUCAACGAAAAUAGUUCUGUUUAAUGGAAAAUGCCACGAUUUUAGCAUUAAAAUUGCAUUAAAAUUUAUGGGAACUUUUUCAGGAAUUUGAAAGUUUUUCUAUGAAAAUCACGAAAUUUGUGCACGAAAUGAUCCAAAUUAUGAAGGAAAUGUGUGAAAGCAUUGACUUUCCUUGGGUGAAAAAUUAAAUUUUUUGAGCUUAAAUUUUCAAGUUUCUAGGAUGUCCUUGCUUUGAAUAAUUUGUUUGUAGCUUGAAGAGGACACACAAAUCUUUAAGAUACCAAAGUAACAGAUCUAAAAUUCACCAUUUGUGGUCACCCUGUACUUUUAUUGUCACACGUUGAGGCAUUUCUGAUAUCAAAAAUAUCUGAAAUAAAUCAUCAAAUUUCCGUAGCUACCAUAAAAUUACAUAAACUACUUACAUGAUCAAAAUAAAACGUGCGAAAAUUUUAAAUAAGUUCCGACAUAAAACAAUAAACUUUACAAUCUAAAAAAAGGAAUGGCUUCAUAAGACUUCCUAAAAUUAAAAUUUUUGAUUCAAAAACAAUCACGGAACUUGAAGUUGCUAAUAAAAACAAUAUUAUCGUUCCUACUGCAAACAAACAAAAUCAAACUCAAUAAUUCGAUACAAAUCAAUUAAACAAACUUUUUGCCAUGAAAAGCUCAUUGAACUCAUUGAAAAUUUUCCUUCCUACAUUUUUCCACGCCUUUUAAUGCAAAUAAAAAAAUUUUCACGUGAACCUAAAAGCAAAAAUAUACAAAUUAGAAAUUGAAAAAAUGUCAGUUUUUUAAGUUAACAGAUAACAAUUAGCUGUUCGUGACUUUAAAAGUAUGUCAGAUAUAAAAAACCAUUUUUUGUCAUAAUUUUAAUUAUUUUGUAGAUGACUUAUUAUUGCGAACUAUUUUAAGUUUUUUUUUCUUCUUUUUGUUUGUCUUUUCUUGGAUUGGAUGAGGAUUGAGAGUGAGAUGAGGAUUAAGAUUUAAGUUUGGAUAUUGAAUUCGAUGAUAUAAUUGGAUUUGGAAUAAGAAUCUUGUUUGUGGUUGUCAAUGAAAUGUUUAAGUUCUUUAAAUUUAUCAUUAGGAAUUCUUCAAUUUUGAAUCAUUAUUGAUUAUUUGUUUUCAAUUCUGAUUCAUUUUGAUCAUUUCUGAAAAAGUUUUGAUUCAUUUUGUUCAUUUUUGAUUCAUUUUGUUAAUUUUUGAAUCAUUCUGUUCAUUUUAAAUCAUUUUUUAAUCAUUUAUAAUCAUUUUGUUCAUUUUUGAUCAAUUUUGAAUUAACUUUGAACAUUUUUAAAUCGAUUCAAUUUGAUUUGAUCAAAAUUUUUGGAAUUUUCACAAAGUUUCCUUUUUGGUUCAAGAACUUAAUAAGCAAUCCUAAAUAGAAAGCCUAAUAAAGUUUGAAACCUCAUGUGCUACAAGCAUCCAGCAGAACUCAAAAUCACAAAGUUCCAAACCAAAAAGUUAAAAAGUUCUCAAAUCCAACUCUCAAAUCACAAUCAAAAUCAAAGAAUUCAAAUCAAAAAGAAUUUAUAAGUUCGCAACUGUGUUUCAAAACCAAAAAGAAAGAAAAAAUUUAAUAAAAUGAUUAAAUUUUAAGCUAUCAAGUCUAUUAAUUAAAUAAUUAAUAAGGAAAACGAGAAAAUAAAAAUUGCAAAACAAAAAAAAAAUGAGGAUAGUAAUAUAAAGUAUAAAAAUUAAAUGGUGCUCUUAGUCAUAAUUAAAGAAGAUGAAAUUAAUUCUGCAUAGUGUUAAAAAAUGUACAUUAUUCAUGGAUUGCAUGAUGGCGCGUAAGCAUGUUUUGAUAUUAUUCAUUCAUCUUUGCAUAUAUCAUUGUUGUCCAUGAUUGCUGAUAAUGAAAAAACCACCAAACUUUGUUCGGUUCCUCUUGCAAGAUGCUCAAAAGUGGGAAAAAUUUUUCGAUAGAGAUUUUUUUCGUGACCUCUUGCAGGAAAAAAUUUGUAUAAAAAAAUAAAAAUUUAUGAAAAACAAUUUGUAGCAUUAAGAAGCUCCUAAAUUGUUUGUUUGCAUUUGCAAGAUUUUUUUUUAAAUUAAAUUUAAACAUUUAUGAUUUUUUAGCCAUUGAUGAAUGUGAUUUUUCGAUAAUAAUUUUAACAACAAUUUAUUUCUAUAUAGCUGUGUAGAGCUGUCUUUUGAGUGACAGAAACAUAUUAAUUAUUCGGACUAAAUUAUUAAAACUAAUUACUAAUAAAAUUAUACUGCAUUUAUAAAAUUUGAACGAAUUUUCUAAAAUUUUGGUAAAAUAUGAUUAAUUGAAAGUAUUUAUAAAUGUGUUUCAGGACUCUAAUGAAAUUUAUUUCGAGACUUUUGGGAAACUUUCUUUAAGAAAUUGAAUUUUGAAGAAAAAAAUGAAUGAUUUUUAAAUCCUUGUAAAAAGUUUAAAAGUUUAAAAUUUUACAAAAUUGAAUUUUAGCAUUAAGAAUAAUCCCUAGAAAUUUUUCAAGAAUAACUGAUUCAAACUAAAGACUUUUAUAGACAAGCCUAAAUUAUUUUAGAAAAAUAAAAAGGAUCUAAUUUAUUUAAACCUAAAUUUAAAAGCACUUCUGUCACCAAAAAGAAGCCUCAACACAGCAAAUUUCUACAAAAAAUAACAUUUUUAAAUUUAAAUUUCGUUUGUAUUAGUUUUAAUAAUUUCAAAAUUUUUCGUUUGGAUGAAAAUAAACUAAGAAAAGUAACAAGUCGUGAAAGACGCGCUAAAAUGCAUCUUAUAAAAUUUUAAUAAAAGAAAUACGAUGCGUAGAUUUUGAAUAUAAAGAAAAAUACCUACAAAAAUAUUAUUAUUAUGAUUAUAUAAUAUUUUUGGCCUAUGGAUGCUCAUUUAUGGCCAGAUAUAUUGACUGUCGAAAGCUUCUCACACCAAAAUUAAUUAAUGAAAAAAAAAUUUAUAAAGUAUAUACGUGUAAGCUGAAAUUAAUUAUCAUUUUUUUUUAUAAACUUAAGAGAGUAUAAACCUAAACACUUUAAGUACUGAUAACUGAUAAUGAUUAUUGCAAAUUCUAGAUGAAAAAAUAUUAAAUGAAAAGAACGGUACAGUUACCUUAAGUAUAUUAAAUAUUAAUUAUUAUAUGUAUCUCCUUCAGACACAAUUUUUGAAUAAAAAAAAAAAAUGAAUGCAAAAAUUUUCCCGCCCAUUUUUGAAUUUGUUUCCCUUCUCCACCUCCCCUCCUCCUUAUAAAGUUCCAAUUGAACUUUUCAUAAUUUUCUUAUUAUUAUCUGACUUAUGUUUGCAAACAUUUUUUGUUUUUAAUUUUUUUUUUUCACAAAGAAUAUGUCGUUUAUAUUAAUUAAAAUAUAUUAAUAAUGAUAAUGUCUAGGAUGUUACACACAUGUUUACCAUGCAUAAGAUAAACAUAAAAAAAAGAUGAUAAGGCAGGCAUAUUUAGAAUAAUUGGAUGAUAAAAAAUUGAUUUAAUGUUCUAACAAUGAGAAGAAUUGAGAAAAAAAUAUAAAAAUAUAAAUUUAAAAAAAAAUAUUACUUUUGUGUACUUACUUAAUGGCAGUUCCAUCCUUCUUCUUAACCUUUUCAGCAUCAUUUUCAGGUUUGACCUAAAUUCUGUGGAAAAUUUCUAAUUACACUGAGGAAAAUUACGACGUUUUACUCUGGGAAUU